AUGGUGAAUAAUUUUAGAUUUGCCGCUUAUGAUAAUAUUGCUGCACAGGCCAUCGAAAUGAGCCCAAUGAGAACUAUCGAGGACUCUCUGAAAGAACUUGAGAGGUACUUCUCAAGUGACAGGGAUAAUAUAACUGAUUCAGAGCACUUAUCGCAAGUCGAUGAUUUUAACUCCAGUACUCAAAGUGAUUUUGGCACAUCGGGGAGUGAUGAUUUUGGGCCCUUUAGCACGGGGUCAAGAAGCUCUACAUUGGCUAGUGCGGACAUGAGUCACUUUGCCCUGGAUCCUUCACAAAGUUCUCAAAUGUCACACCAGCAUGUCAAGAUACCAGUGCAUCCCGAGUCCAGAUAUUUCGUUAUUAAAUCCUGUAGGUCUGAGCAUAUUGAAAUUUCUAAUAUUAAGAAUGUUUGGUCAUCUACGGAACUGGGUAACCGUCGGCUAUCUAAAGCAUUUCAAGCUCGUAGUAGUGGCGCUCAUAUUUUCCUGCUGUUUUCCGUCAAUGGUUCUGGUUGCUUUUGUGGACUAGCGGAAAUGACGACUGACUUGCGGGAUACUCAAGACGACAUUUGGAUGGACAAAAGAAGAUUUAAACGUGUUUUCUCAGUGCGUUGGUUGAUUACGCACGACAUUCCCAAUAAUAAGUUUAGACACCUUCGCAACCCACUCAAUGAAAUGAAAUCUGUGACGCAGUCAAGAGACACGCAAGAGAUCCCUUUACCUAUCGGAAGAUCUAUCACAAUGAUCUUCGAGGAAUCCGUUAAACUGACGCAGUCAUUUUCGGCAAAAACGACAUAUUGA